UCAAGCGGUGAUUCCCAAAUUUUCACAAAGCGGUCUCCCAAAGUUAUAAGCGCGCGAUUCCCAAAUUUUCACAAAGCGGUCCCCAAAGAUAAAUUUCGUGUUCUUCUCCUGACUCAGAUUCAUCUUCUCCUCCACUCCUAUUGCGUUCUUCACCUUCCAUCUUCUCCUCUGCUCAUAUCCGCUCCUCUGCUCAUAUCUGCUCAUAUCCGCUCCUCUGCUCAAAGACGAGGUUGCUGGGCUUUUCAUAUUUCUGGUUCAAGGUUCAGCUGGAGUCGAGAAGAAGGAUUGGCUUUUUGUAUUUGGGGUUUAUGGAGGUCACUAUUGCUCUGUUAACUCUUAUGAAGUGAACCUUGUCUUGCCUGACAGGAACUAUGGUGUUUCUUACUGAGGGAAAAAAUUGUUUAGCAAUUGGUUCUGUACUCGGCUUCUGGGUGUUUUGUUGUCAAGUUGAUGUUGCUUUCAACUACUGAAUAGGAGCCAACAAGUCUCAAUAUCCAAUUUACAAAAGAAGAGUUGGUCUGUAUCAUUGAUGGAUAGAAGUUGGAUUCAGUUACCCACUAGGGGAAGGAGAGAAUAUAUCAAUGGGGUGAAACAAUUCAUGAAUUUCGCAAUUGCCCACAUGAAGCCAGGGUCUGAUUUGAUACCUUGUCCGUGCAUGGAUUGCAAUAAUUUUCGUAAAUAUAGCCCAGACCAAGUUGAGGAUCAUUUAUAUGCAAAUGGAAUGGCUAAGGGUUACACUAAGUGGACAGAUCAUGGAGAAAAUGACGAUGAUUUUGAACUAGAAGAUGAUAUUUUGGAAUCUGAAAAUGAAGAGGAUGUUGAUGAUGUAGUUGAAAUGUUAAAUGAAUUCCAAGCUCAUGAUGAUAGGGAAUCUCAAGAACAUGUCCCUAUUAUGGAAGAAAAUAAGUUUAGACGAUUGAUGAGGGAUGCAGAGCAAGAAUUAUAUCCUGGUUGUCGAAAAUUCUCUAAAUUAUCCUUCAUUGUAAAGCUGCUUCAUUUAAAGAUAAUGUUUCGUGGUAGCAACAAGUUCUUUUCAGCAUUGCUUGAGUUAGUGAAAGAGGCAUUACCUGAUGGAAAUACAUGUCCUAGAUCUCAUUAUGAAUCAAAGAAGAUUAUACGAGACUUGGGUCUUAGUUAUGACAAGAUCCAUGCAUGUAAAAAUGAUUGUGUACUCUUUUGGGAGGAGUAUGAAGAUAAAUUGGAGUGUCCGAUAUGUCAGGAACCUAGGUACUCUUUUGAUAAUGGGAAGAAGAAGAUUCCCCAGAAAAUCUUGAGAUACUUUCCAUUAACUCCAAGGCUGCAAAGAUUGUUUAUAUCGAAGAAAACAGCUGUAGAUAUGAAAUGGCACAAGGAUAAACGACCAGAUGAUGAGUAUAUGAGGCAUCCUGCUGAUUCUCAAGUGUGGAAGGACUUUGAUCUAAAGCAUGAGUCAUUUGCUAUGGAUUCUCGCAAUGUUAGGCUUGGAUUAUCAUCUGAUGGCUUUAAUCCAUUUGGUAAUUUAAGUACCUCUUAUAGCAUGUGGCCUGUUUUUCUUGUUCCAUACAAUCUUCCGCCGUGGAAAUGCAUGAAAGAUCCAUACUUCAUGAUGUCAUUGCUUAUUCCUGGACCAAGAGCUCCUGGAAAUGACAUUGACGUGUUUCUACAACCGUUAAUCAAAGAAUUAAAGCAAUUAUGGGAGGUUGGGGUUGAUACAUAUGAUGCUGGUUCUGGACACAAUUUCCGUUUAAGAGCUGCAUUAUUGUGGACAAUAAACGACUUUCCUGCAUAUGCAAAUUUGUCUGGAUGGAGUACCAAAGGAAAAAUGGCGUGUCCUACUUGCAAUGACCAGACACCUCAUCAAUGGUUGAACAAUUGGCAAAAAACUGUAUAUUAUGAUCAUCGUCGUUUUCUGCCACAAAAUCACAGAUUCAGAAAAAAUUUGGAGUUUAAUGGUAAAGUUGAGAAGAGAUUAAAACCUGCUUUAUUAUCAGGGGAUGAUGUGGUUCGCCAAUUGACUCAUGUUUCACAACCAUGUUUUGGAAAGGGGAAGAAGAGAAAGCGUUGUGCUGAUCAUUUGAAUUGGAAAAAACGAAGCAUUUUCUUGGCACACACUCAAGCUACGCCACAAUCUUGAUGUAAUGCACAUAGAAAAAAAUAUUUGUGAUAAUAUUUUGGGUACAUUGAUGGACACUGAAGGUAAGACGAAGGACUCAUAUAAGACUCGUCUUGAUAUGGAAGAGAUGGGCAUCAAGUCUGAUUUACACCCUAAAUGUAUUGAUGGUGUGAUUAAGUUUAGACCAGCAUAUUACACUUUUAAUACAGAUGAGAGGAAGGGUUUUUGUGAGUUCUGUAGUUGUACGAAACUUCCAGAUGGCAUGGCUUCAAAUAUCUCUAAUUGUGUGAACUGUGCUGAUUCUAAGAUUUAUGGUUUGAAAAGUCACGAUUGCCACAUUAUAUUGCAGCGACUUCUUCCUGUUGCCUUGCGUGGGUACUUGUCUAAAGAUGUUCGUGAUGUCAUUAUUAAAUUAUGUUUAUUCUUUAAGGAGUUGACUUCCAAGACUUUGAGAUUGGAUGUUUUGGAAAGACUAGAUAAGGAUAUUGUCGUACUCCUAUGCAAGUUAGAGUUGAACUUCCCACCCUCAUUUUUCAACAUUAUGACUCAUUUGCCAAUUCACUUGGCUUAUGAGGCCAUACUUGCUGGACCAGUACAAUACCGAUGGAUGUUUCCAUUUGAGAGAAAAAUGCAUAACUUAAAGGAUUAUUGUAGAAACAAAGCCCACCCCGAAGGAUCAAUUGCGGAAGGUUAUUGUGAUUGUGAAUGCCUGACAUUUUGCUCCAUGUACUUUCGUGAUGUUGAGACAAAGUUUAACCAAGUAGACAGGAACCAUGAUGUAAGUGAGAGAAGGAUGGGUUUAUCUGUUUUCACACAGAAUGUUAAGUUGUUAAAGGGAGCAGUUGAUGAUGUUCUUAGCCUAACUGACUUUUCAAGGAUUCGAUGGUAUGUGCUGAAUAAUUGCGAUGAAGUACUGCCAUAUAUAAGGGAACAUAAAGCAGAACUUGAGAGGCAAAAUAUUCCAAACAUAGGAAAAGAACAACAACAGAAGUUUCAUAAAUGGUUUUUGCGACGUGUUCAACAGAUGCAAGUUGAGGGUUCAACAGAAGAUGUUGAAUCCUUACUAAACUUGGCCAGUGGACCUCAGCGUGAAGUGGCACGAUAUAGUGGGUGUAUCGUCAAUGGCAUAAGGUUUCAUACUCAGAAACGCGACGCAAAUAAAAAAACUCAAAACUAUGGAGUGGUAGUCAAAGGAGAGCAUCGUGGUAAAAGUAUCGACUUUUAUGGUGUUUUGAAAGAUAUAAUUGUGUUAUCAUACCUUGGAAAUAAUCAGGUGGUCGUUUUCAAGUGUGAUUGGCUGGACCUCAAUGCAAGAAGGGGAAUUCAAGUUGAUGAGAACCAGUUUACAAGUGUUAAUUUUACCAAAAAAUGGUAUAUGAAUGAUCCAUUUGCAUUGGCAUGUCAAACACAGCAAGUAUACUAUUUGAAAGAUACAAAGCAUGGUAGUAAUUGGCGUGUUGUAGAAAGGUCGCAGCCUAGAGGGAUGUAUGAUUUUACAGAAAAAGAAACUGAAGUGGGUGAUUCAUUAGAGGAGGUAGAAGAUCCAUAUCAGCAAGAGUCACAUAGGUUGUGUGUGUAUAUAUAUCAUUAUGGCUAAUGGUAGACAAGGUCCAAGGUUUCUACAUCAAUUGCGGACGAAUGCACUGCCACAACACCAAAUGCGAUCAUCUACUCAAAAGAUUUCAAAGCUUGCAAAGUCUUUAAGCAAGCCUACAACACCAGCACAAGCACCGGC